UCCAAUAAUGUGCCAAAUGCUGCCUCUGAGAGAAAACUUUAUGUAGAAAAUCUUCCUAUUAACAUGACAGAUUUAGCUCUUAAAAAGAUUUUUGAAGUUAUUGGGCCAGUAGAGUCUUUUCAAUUAACUAAAGAUCCCAAAACAGGACAUAGCAAGGGAUUUGGGUUUGUCCAAUAUGCUCAACUUGAAGAUGCAAAGAGAGCUCAUCAAACUAUGAAUGGCAAGCUUGAUAUUAUUGAGGGUCAUUACAUCACGGUUGUGCCUGCUACUGAACAUGUUGAAGUACAUGAUGCUGGAGCUGAAACUACAGAUUUUAAUGAUGAUGGAGGUGGCUUGCAACAUGAUGCCAAGUUCAAAGGUACAGGCUAAAAGGUUCUAGACGGAGGCUAAUUCUAGAAACUGCUGAUUUCUUUGCUGUAAUUGCAAAACUGCAGCUGAUUUUGUGUUUAAGUUGGGAUCUUAGUGAGAUACCGAAGACUCAUAAAAGGUACUGUGUGAGGUUAUUUUGACACAAUAUUCUCAUCUCAACCAACCAUGACACUACCCUAUC